AUUUAGGGGGCUAGUGAUGCCGUAGUUUACAGCAUCGCUGCCUAACCCUAUUGCUCUGUUUUUAAUUUUUCCCCCUUUGGCAUGACCUUACCACGUUGUCCCCACAAAAACGUGAGUCAACAGCUUCGGCGUACGAGGCUGGUUGCGAGCUGCAAAGGCACCGAGGUCUGUCAUCGUUUCUGCUGCUGCUGAUGGGGGAGAGGUCUCAUUGAGGGAAGGCCAUGGAAGAGGAGGCCAGCUCGGAUUCGCUGGCCACAAGUGAGGAGUAUGAGCUGGUCUGCCCUGAAGCACCUCAACUGAGUAUAGCCGGCAAUGGCAGCCAGGAUCAGCUGCAGAGUCACUUGGGAGAGCUGCUAGCUGAGGGGUCAUUGCUGCACAAGGAUUCAAUUCAUAGUGGGGACGAAAAAGGCAGAGACGGUGAAAUGAAGUCAUUGGAGAAUUCUCCUGAAGAAGUUAUGCCAGACCCAAAGCCAAGGUCAUCGUCACUAGACUGUGGUUCUGAGGUGGCAGCUGGUGAGCAGGCCUUUGAGAAUGUGGCCUACCUGGGCUGUGCAGCAAUCAAUGCUCCACGAAGUGAACUGGAGAUUCAACGCAACAUGGCCAUCCUUAAUGAUCAGUCCCCAGAACAGCACAUUCAUGUGGCACUAGUAGUGCCUCCGGACUCUGAAGGUGUUGUCACGGUGUACGAGAAUAGCACACGCUGUGAAGUUGCCAGUUUCCCUGUCCAGCGAAUUUUAUUUUGUGCAAGAGGUGCCCAGGGCAGUGCUGAACAGCACUGUUUUGCUUUCACCUGUUCACAUGGAAACAGUGCAGAAGAGGCCAUCUUCCAGUGCCAUGUCUUCCGUUGCACUAAAGGAGGACCCCCUGCUGUGCAUAGGGUGUUGCAGAGCUUUGCUGCUGCAUUUCGGAGAAUGCCACGGCAUCCUUCAGGAAGUGUAGGAGGGUCAACCCCGCUCAGCUCUGUCAGCACAUGUGUCCCUAACAAUGAGCAAGUGCAUACCUUUGAAGCCACCCUGGAUGUACGUGAGGAGGACACACGAGGCAACUUUUCGGCAUGUGCUCGUGACAAAGACUGUUUCAAGUUUCGCUGCAACACAGAGAAGAUGGUGCAAGUGACAGUUCAACAGACUGCAGCCACCCCAGAGCUUGGCAUUGAAAGGUGCUUUGGCAUGCUAGUUUGCCCUGGAAGGCAUGUGAAGCACAGUGAUAUGCAACUUAUUGGAAUGGUAUCUAUGGCAAAGUCUACUGUGGGUACAGAACCUACAGCUUACCAAAUCACAGGCAGGUGGAACCCCCAGGAACCAGCCUUUGAACUGCUCAACACGGAGACAUCACGAGACACCAGGGUGUACCUGACUGUGGCUGUGGAUUUGGUGGUGACGGGUGUGCAUGAGCCAGUGCGCUUUGUCUUCGAGACAAAAGCCAAGAUCUACCCCCAAUCAGAAAAGUUUUGGUAUUUUGGGCGUAAACCAUUCCAUGAAGAGUUCUUCCUGCGACUAAGAGAAGUAGACCCAGAAGAAGUACGCCAAGGCCAUCGCUGGGAGGUUCUUGGCGUAAGUAGUGGAAGCCAGAUUCGCCGCAAAGCAGCCUUGUCCCUUGCCUUGGACCAACACAGUCCUGGCCAAGAGCCAUCUCCUGAAUCUGCGGCAGGAGACAUAGAUUCAGAUGUUGAUGAGCCACUGCUAAGUGGCACAGGCGAAGUAAGCAAGGAUUGCUCAGCGGACGAGCUGGAGGGAUGGGCCCAAGUGCUAAGUCGGUGGCGGCAAGCAGGCUUGGAGGCAGGGCCUCCCAAGACCUUGGGACCUCUUGUGCGGGCACAAGGCAUCCCAGAGGCGCUGCGAGGAGAAGUCUGGCAGCUUCUGGCAGGUGCUGCUCAAGACCCCCAUGCAGCUCAAGCUUACCGGCUGUUGCUGGCACGAGACUGCCCUUGCGAAAGUGUCAUCCAGCGGGAUCUGCAUCGCACGUUUCCUGCACAUGAAUUUUUUCGUGAUGCAGCUGGUCAAGAUGCUCUCUACAAGAUUUGCAAGGCAUACGCUGUUCAGGACCCUGAGGUGGGCUACUGUCAAGGGCUGUCCUUCCUUGCUGCUGCCCUACUACUUCAUAUGCCAGAAGAGCAAGCUUUUGGUGUUUUCUGCAAGAUCAUGUCAGAGUAUGGCUUACGAGACCUCUUCCGUAAUUCUUUUGAAUGCCUCCAUCUCAAGCUCUUCCAACUAGAACGACUUAUGGAGGACCAGCUUCCACAGCUGUAUGCCCACUUUGUGGAUCUUGGAGUGGAAACGCACAUGUUUGGUUCCCAGUGGUUCCUAACACUGUUUACAGCCAAGUUUCCACUGCACGUAGUCUUCUUCAUCUUAGACCUUUUUCUACUAGAUGGCCAUGACACACUGUUCCAAGUAGCAGUUGCACUCCUGACGUUGUCAUGCCGAGACCUACUGGCAUUGGACUUUGAAGGAGUGCUGAAACACUUUCGAGUUGCUGUCCCCAAAAAAUAUCGCUCCGAAGAGGCUGCAAGAUUGCUUCUCAAGACAGCUGUUGGCAUAAAGGUGAAGAAGUUGAAACGAUACGAGCGUGAGUACCAACUGCACAAAGAGCAACAAUGUCAGAUGGAGGAUCCUGUGCAGGUGCUGCAGAAAGAGAAACAGCGGCUUAUGGAGAGCAAUAUGCGUCUGGAACGAGAAAAUGAUGAGUUGGCGCACGAGCUGGUGACAAGCAAAAUUCAGCUACGCAAGGAUUUAGAUGCUGCUGAAGAUAAGGCAGACCUCUUGGGAAAGGAACUGCAGACAGCUGCUGCUUCAUUGGCAGAGCUUGAAGAAGAGAAGCGUCGAUUGGACACUGAAGUGGGCCAGCUGAAGGAGAUGUGCCGACGUGAGCUACAAAGGGCCGAAACUGAAUCUGUGCGCAACACUGCCAUCCUGGCAGAGUACAAACAGAUUUGUCGGCAGCUGAGCGAGCAGCUGGAGCGAGAGCAGCGGCGUGCCAAGGAGUCACUGGCAGCACUUCAGGCCAGUGCAUGCCCCAGCUGUGCAGCACUGCUGGAGCGAGCCAUUGGAGAACACGGCUGGCCUCAGCCGCAGCAGCCACCAGGCAGCGACUGUGGCCGGCCACAGGAAAGCGCACAGUUACGCCAGCUGGAGUUGGAGCUGGCACAGACCAAGUUGGCCCUCGUCGAGGCCCAGUGUCACAAUCAGGACUUGACGCACCAGCUAAGCUGCGCUUCAGCCGAACUACAGGCGUCUAAAAGCACCUGGCUGCACAAAACUCUCUCUUCUAUUCGUGAGGUGGCACGCAAGGAGUCCUCUGCAUCAGGGCUCACAAAGGAGCCAACAGUUCCCUGAUGCAACGAGUGUCUUGUGGGCUCAUAACCCACAUCUGCAGAGGCUGUAUCUGCAUCAAUCAUUAGGAGAACCCCUUAAUAAGACUGUCCUGGGACAUUGGCCAGCGCACAUCUGCUCCUACCUGAAGAGCCCAAGACCAGGCAGUGCAAGAUGUGACAGUGCCACAAUGUACUGACAAUUAUACUUUUGGAAAGGCUCACUUCUGCAUCAAUCAACUCAAAGGUGUUAUGCUGGUACUACCUCAAGCUGCUACCGCCAAAGGGUCUAGUUGAUAGCUGUGGUAGCAACUUGAGAACCAGCUUAUUCAGUGGGAACAGAUAAUAUUUAAGAAUUGUAUACGUCAAUUUUAAUGACUGCUGUAGCUGUGACAGCUCUGUGCAUUGAUAUUUAGGGGCAAUGAGCACUGUGUCACUAGUCUUUUUAUCUUAGUCCAACAGCACUAGAGGAUGAGAGUGUAGUGCAUGUGAUACUGGGCUCCGUAAAGGUUUGUCUCCUUCUGUAGUCACCUUAUGCCGUGGGUGGUCUCUGGAACAUGAAGCACUGUGAAAGGAUUACUCAUCCUCUGCUGUCUGGUAGCCAGUACAUUAACCCAGGCAGCCUGAGUCUCUGAAUGUGCUGCGCUUUGACAGGUUGCCCAAUGAAAGUUGGCAUGUGGAGCUGCAGAUCUGAAACAGUAGUGUGCUAGCUUUAAGCGAUAUGAAUGUUCCCUGAAGUCAGACGAUGCCUACUAAACUAGGCUAAUCUGCACUUUGAUCCUGUGACUUGCUAGUCUCAAUGAUGUGACAUUCCAUUUGCUUUUUAGCUGUGACAGUCAGUCUUGCUAAACCUGCAGCACAACAAUGGCCCUAGUUAUGCACCAGUUGAACAAUGCAACAUUCCUGUGUCACAUAAUGCGUGUUGUGCAGUGGUUUUGUGGCUUGAAUGUUUUAGGCUACCUGAACAAUUCCCGGUGUAUGGUAUAUUAUGGAGCAACAAACUCACCAAACUGUAAAAUUAAGAAGGCCUUUGGAUGUGACGGUCACAAUAGAUGCGAGAAGCUAUAAGCUGAAACCAUCUUUAAUGUAACUAUCCUUCCUGGAAGCCUGUACUACAUUUUAGUGUGUGAAUAUCAUGUUUAAUGGUUCCUGUCUUAACAAAGAAGCACCAAAAGCAGGUAGCAUUUUAAGAACGAAACAUUUUAUGAGCAUUUUUAUGCCCUGCCUUUUGUUUCUCUCCUAUUAGAAAGCUGUAUAUGGUCUUUACAAAUGUGUAUCAGUCACUUCUCUCACAAGCUGCAUUACUCAAUCUGUCAUUGACUGAUGAGUGGUAUGUGCAGUAUUGCAGAGCUUUUGUCAUCAAUGGCAGACCAGGCAAUAAAAGCCCCAUGUUUCAAGCGUCCUGUUAUGGGCACCAACACUUGUGCUCGGAAGUGUAAGGACUUUACUAUGGAUAGCACUCAGUGCCUCUUGUUGCCUUGGGACCUGUGCUUCUGGGAGGUUUAUAACUAAGCAUCCAUCAUGAAAUUCUGGCAAGCUAGCUCUUCAGGUAUUGUCUUAGAGUGAGCUGUAGUGCACUGCUGUAUUUGAUUUCCAUGAGACAUUAUGUUGUACAGAUCAAUAUGAGGCACAAUACUACUUGCUCCAGAUGUUUCAGAAAGCUUUAGAUCUUGCUUUUCCUAUAUGUUUGAUUAUAUUGUGCCCUUUAGGUGCAUCAAAAAUAGUAAUAUUCUAUGUUGCUAUGUGCAGCUUCAUUUUCUAAAGCACUCACUUGUAUUAUCCGUACACUGCUUAUUUCAUCUUACAAAUGUGUUGUGCUAUUCAUAGCCAGUGAUUUGUAAUGCUUUUAUUUGUGUGUUUUGUAAGCUUGGAAGUCCAAGAGUUAGUGCCAGCCACAUGUUUCUACUUAUUAGUGCAACCUUUCCUGCUAGAUUGACAAUGGGGGAAACACAGGGUCUUAUUUUCAUUGAGUGCCUCCGUCUUCAUUAGGAUUUGGUACUUAUGUCAAUAGGUUACGCACAGUGAAAAAUUUUGUGCCAUCUUUCACUUGACGUCACAUGUAUCUCUGCUGACUCAGAGGCGCUAAGAAUAGUUGCAGUAACUAUCAGUGAGAUGCUGAGCAGUGCUUCACAUUCAAUGCUAACAUUUAUAUAUGUGUGUCAGUCGCCUUUUAAUGUACACAUGGCAGUGUAAAUAUUUGUUAUUUAUUGUGCUUAUACAGCUAAUCAUUUAACAUGGCAGGAACGGCUAAAAAUAUGCAGGAAGAGUUUUUUAUGAUGCACCUCAGAAAUAUGGCAAAUAAGAAUGGCAAGGAACAAGUGCUGAACCGGAGUUAAACUUAUUGAUUGUAAACAACAUUUGUAGCAGCAAACAGUUUCCAAUGAAACCAACAAGCAUUGUGAACUGUUAGUGACCAACUUAUUGAUUGUAAACAACAUUUGUAGCAGCAGACAGUUUCCAAUGAAACCAACAAGCAUUGUGAACUGUUAGUGACCAACUCAUUAGUUAUUCUCUGUAUGAUGCACUUGCAACUGCAAAAUAUUUUUUUUAAAUUUUUUUGCAUAUGCUCUACAUGCAAUUAUUCUGGGGGGGAGGGGGAGGGGGGGAUUCACUUGCAUGUUAGAAUACUUGCAUAAAGUAUGCAGGCUGUUUUGAAAUUUCACAGAAGAAAUGAAGGAAUCAGUACCUUCCAUUUUGUGAGAGGCCAACGCAAAAUUUCAUAACGGCUUGCAGAAGAAGAGGAGUAAUGUAUAGCACACUUGUGUAACCAGGCUCUUACGUAUUUGCACUUCCAUAUUAAAUAUAACACUUGCAUUGAAGGCUUCAGGCUGAAACAAAAAUGCAAGCCCAUCAUUGUCUCUAGUGUGUGAACAGCAGUCCUUUUCAGUGAAUCCAAACAUUAAAGUUGGCAUCAUAUGUGGCAA